UGUUUACCACAGCUCACAACCUCCAAGCUACUCCAUUUUUGCGUAGGCAAUCGUUAAUCCCGUUGUUGGUGUAUCUUUUUCUCACAGAAUCCCAUGUAGGAUGCAAAUCUUCGUUAAGACCCUUACUGGCAAGACCAUCACCCUCGAGGUGGAGUCUUCCGACACUAUCGACAACGUCAAGGCGAAGAUCCAGGACAAGGAAGGUAUUCCUCCGGAUCAACAGCGCCUCAUCUUCGCUGGUAAACAACUUGAGGACGGUCGAACUCUCUCGGAUUAUAACAUCCAGAAGGAGUCUACCCUCCACCUUGUCCUCCGCCUUCGCGGUGGUAUGCAAAUCUUCGUCAAGACCCUCACGGGCAAGACGAUCACCCUUGAGGUCGAAUCAUCUGACACCAUCGACAACGUGAAGGCAAAGAUCCAGGAUAAGGAGGGCAUUCCUCCCGACCAACAACGUCUGAUCUUCGCUGGGAAGCAGCUCGAGGACGGUCGGACGCUCUCUGACUACAACAUUCAGAAGGAAUCUACCCUUCACCUCGUCUUGCGUCUGCGUGGUGGUAUGCAGAUUUUCGUCAAGACCCUCACCGGGAAGACCAUCACCCUCGAGGUCGAGUCGUCCGACACUAUUGACAACGUCAAGGCGAAGAUCCAGGACAAGGAGGGAAUUCCUCCCGACCAACAACGUUUGAUCUUCGCCGGCAAGCAGUUGGAGGAUGGCCGGACGCUGUCCGACUAUAACAUCCAGAAGGAAUCGACGCUCCACCUUGUCCUUCGUCUCCGUGGUGGCAUGCAGAUUUUUGUCAAGACGUUGACUGGGAAGACAAUUACCUUGGAAGUGGAGUCUUCGGACACCAUUGACAACGUGAAGGCGAAGAUUCAGGACAAGGAGGGCAUUCCUCCUGACCAGCAGCGCCUCAUCUUUGCUGGCAAGCAGCUUGAAGACGGCCGCACUCUCUCCGACUACAACAUUCAGAAGGAGAGUACUCUGCACCUUGUCCUUCGUCUUCGCGGUGGUCUUUGAGGUGUUCGCCAAUCUAGCAUCGUAUGAACGUGUCCCACAAUGUGUCCCUCGUGUAGCUGUAAUCUGAACGAUGUUCGUUGAUAAUUGGACUUUCGAUUCUUCCUGAGA